UUACUAUGAACCCAAAGGAAUCACUGAACUGAAACUCUCCUCCUACAUUAACAACAUUUUCUGUUAAAAUAUGAUGGUAGGCUAAAAGUAGCACAAUUUUACUUGCUUUGUACAUGGCUUUUGUACGGGAAAAUUUGGGACAAAUGCAAGUUUCUGUUUUCUUUUUGUUCAGAAGACCGUUUUAAGUGGUCUAAAAGGCAUAUUGGGGUUUGCAAUAGAGAACUAGAACCCCAUUUCUUACCGCACAUGCCAUAAUGCCAUUGAGUUAUGCUUCAAAACUUUUUGUAUGUUCUCUUCAUUUUCAAUUUUCUUUUCCCAGUUCUAAUUGAGAGGAAAUGAUGAUAUUUGUUCAAUCAAGUCUGCCCAAUUGAGAUGUUCAUGAUAAAAAAAAAUGUGUUACUUUGAUUUCAUCACCCAUUGUGAUGUGGCAUGAAGUGGUUGGAAUUGAUCAAACAGGAAUCCAGACCUUUUCACUCAUUCUUAAUAAUUACACUUUACCCAUCCUUGUUGAGUCCUGAGCAUACAUAGGGCCAUCAAGUCCAUCUGCAGAAGCAUUUAUUUAAGGAAGAUGAUCAUUGGAGUGCCAGGUCCACAUCAAUAAAAUCAGUUUGAAUGAACACUCAUUCUUUUGACUUGAUAAUGCAGGAGAUGUACAUGACAAGGGUAGAGAUUGCAAGGGCACAAGCUUAUUAACAUGAGCCGUGCAUGCAUCCCAUGCAUUCCAUGCAAACCAAGGUGCACAACCUGCAACAAAAACAAAGGAGUCCACCCAGUGCAUGCAUCAUUUCUGCAGAAAGUUCUUGACUUUUCAUAUGCAGCUUCUGUAGUGGAUUUCAAGAUUCCAGUCCUGGAUGUGAAAUUUUCAUCUCAGGAAAAUUGCAAUACCAAGGCUCCCCUUGAAGCCCUCUUGACUAACAUGCAGGAAUCAAGCAUCGAAGUUCCUUGCAUCAAGGAUACGGAUUAUCACUCCCCAAUUACAGAGCAAUGCAACUUAAUUUCAUUGGAGAAUGGUGAACUGUCAGCUCCUGCAGACAACAACCAUAUUUCAGUGGAUAUGAACUACUGCGAUGUAGUGGAUGUGCCUUUGAUCAUUGAGGGUGAAAGCUUGCAGGACUAUUGGACAUUCUACAGCCAUGAAAUCUUUGCAAAGAGUCUCAUAUGAUACAACUUUUUUUUUUGUAUAAACUUGGUUUAGGCAAGUAAUAGAUGUAGCUGCUAUUGUAAUAUGUAGAUAUUGUUGUUGUUCCUUGUUGAACAUUUUCUUUUUGGUAAAGAGUGUUAAAGUUUUGCCCUUAUGUGAAUAACAGUCCCCUUGUUGAA